AUUCGUAAGAAUUAAAAGCAUUCUUCGUAAAUACACUUCUACACUAAAAAAUCGAUAGAAAAACUAAAAUACAAAAAUGUCGGCCGAAGUUGAGGAGAUGCUGAAGCGUUUCCAGUCGAUGAAGAACAUUGUCGGCAUAGUGGUGAUAGACAACGAUGGUAUUGCCAUCAAGACGACCCUGGACUACAACUUGACCCUGCACUACGCUGCCCUGAUGCAAACGCUGAAAGAAAAGGCUCGCCAGGUGGUCCUGGAUCUGGACGCCACCAACGAAUUCACCUUUCUGCGGUUGCGGACGCUCCUGCACGAGGUGAUGCUGUGUCCGCAGGAGGAUUACUUCAUCAUGGUACUCCAGAGCCCCAGUGACUAAAUAAAAAAUACUCAUCCUGCGGGGGCCCAAAACCUCAUGUCAUUUGCAUCCAUUUAAAGACGAAGUGUUCAGUAAAUUAAAUGUUAUUAACAUA